AUGAUUACUGGGCUGGAUGAUAAGAACUUGGAAAGUAAAAUGGAAACCAAAGAGUUAACUUUAAAGAAUGACAUUUCAUGGGAAGAAUUACACGAUGGUCUAAUGAUGGAAAGGUCCACAAGAGGAAGCACCUUGUAUUCCACACUUGGAAGAGAAUCCAAAUGUGAUAAGUUAGAAAGCCACCAGGAAAACGAAGGAAUGGGUGAGGGGCAAAUCCCCUUGAUCCACAGGAAAACGCUCACUCAGGAGAGACCUCAAGAAUCUAACAGAUUUGAGAAAAGUAUUAAUGUGAGCUCAGAAGAUAUUCCAGGACCAGUAGGUCCUCCAAGAAAAAGAGAUAAUAAAUAUGACACAUCUGGGAAGAGGAGCAGAUGCAAUUUAGAUCUGAUGAAUCGUUCAAGGAGUUAUACAAGAAUGAAAACCUUUGAAUGUGAUAUUUGUGAAAAAAUCUUCAAACAGCUUAUUCACCUUACAGAACACAUUAGAAUUCAUACUGGAGAGAAACCUUUUAGAUGUAAAGAAUGUGGAAAAGCCUUUAGCCAAAGUUCAUCCCUUAUUCCACAUCAGAGAAUCCAUACUGGUAAGAAACCCUAUGAAUGUAAGGAAUGUGGGAAAACCUUCAGACAUCCAUUAUCUCUUACUCAACAUGUUAGAAUUCAUAUUGGGGAGAAGCCCUAUGAAUGUGGUGUGUGUGAGAAAGCAUUCAGCCAGAGCAUUGGGUUGAUUCAGCAUCUGAGAACUCACAUUAGAGAGAAACCUUUUAAAUGCAAAAACUGUGGAAAAGCAUUUUUCCAGGUUCGAAACCUUAGGCAACAUGAGAUUAUUCAUAGUGGUGUGAAACCCUGUAUUUGUAAUGUACGCAGUAAAACCUUCAGCCAUAGCAUAUACCUGACUCAACAUCAGAGAACUCAUACUGAGGAAAGACCAUAUAAAUGUAAGGAAUGUGGGAAAGCCUUUAGCCAAAGAAUACAUCUUUUUAUUCAUCAGAGAGUACACACUGGAGUGAAACCUUAUGAAUGCAAUCACUGUGGGAAAGCCUUUAGGCACGAUUCAUCCUUUGCUAAACAUCAGAGAAUUCAUACUGGAGAAAAACCUUAUGAUUGUAAUGAAUGUGGAAAAGCCUUCAGCUGUAAUUCAUCACUUAGUAGACAUUGCAAAGCACAUUUAAGAAAUACCUUCAGCAAUGCCAUGUGAAAUAUGUUCAACAUCAAGGAAUCCUCAUAUUAGAGCAAAAGCCUCUAAAUUAGUCGUUUUCUGACUUUUGGGUUUCAAAAACCAAUUUUUUAUUGGUUUGAUCCAAUUUUACAACUCUUAGUUUUGUCAUAUUAAAUGAAAACACCUGUUAUCAGCAUUGUUUCAAAGAGGAAAGGACAUUUAAAAAUAUUUAAAAGUAUAGGAAGGAUAUAAUCAUAAAGAGCAGACCUUUACAUUGAAUUAAAUCAGCUUUAUGAAAACCUCCCAAAAUUGUCCUUAUUUUUCUCAUUUCACUAUGAGUCAGUGCAAACUUCAUUAUGGCAGGUCAGUAAUCUGUGGACUGCCUUUUGAGAACCACUGUUUUAAAUACCCUUUUAAUGAGUCAGAACAAAAUGUAAUACAGCCUUUUAUUAUAGCCCUUUAUGUGGCUAGAAGAAGCAUAAAUAAAAAUAUUGGUUGACUUACUUCUAGAAGAUAUAAUGUUAAAGGGAACUUUCUAGAAUUGAUAGAUAAUCUACUGUACGUCUUUAAUGGUUUCUUAUAGAGAAUUGGCAAACUUUUUCUGUAAUAAGCCAGAUAAUAAAUAUGUUAGGUAUUGUGGCCAUAAGGCCUCUGUCAGAAUUACUCAACUCUACAAAUUUGGUGCUAAAGCAUUCAGAGACAAUACAUAAACCAGGGUGUAUCAACCUUGGUACUGCUGAUAUUUGGGGCUAGAUACUUUAAAAAAAAAAAUUAAAAUCUUUUAUUGAUUUCAGAGAGAGGGAGAGAGAUAGGUAG